AUGGAGCCAGCCGGUUUGGCCUUGGGCGUCAUUGGACUUGCAGGCAUAUUCAAGAGCUGCGUUGAGCUUUUUGGGUAUUUUUCUACUUAUCGUUCCUACGGCCACGACUACAUUCUUCUGGACGCCAAGCUUCAUGUUGAGAAAGCUGUCUUACUGCAAUGGGCAGACCGCGUGCGUCUGCUUCACGAUGACUAUGACCGACGACUCGACAACCCUACCAUCCGAGAAGCUGUAUCUGAGAUACUCUCCUACAUCAUACACCUCCUGAGUGAGAGUUCCUCUCUCCAACAGCGAUAUGGUAUGAAGGAGGCGGAGGCAUCUCCUCCGCAUCCACCCAAGCCUCAGAACCAGACAAUUGGCGGAUCUCUUAUGGAAAAGUUCAUGGAUGACUACAAUGCCAUGCAAGUCCGAAUGCACCAACGGAAGGCCACCACAUCCACGUCGAGCAAGUUGAAGUGGAUGAUCGUGGACAAGGACAGAUUCAACGCCCUGAUCGAGGACCUAUCCCAUUUCACUUCCAGAUUGGAUCGGGCCGUCUCUUUAUUGGCGUCAUUGCUGAGACACGAGAUGGCGUCCAUUUACAAGGAGAGUUCCAAGACGGUCCUUCAACAAGCAACCGACGACCGUUUGGGAAAAAAUGCCAUACUCCAGGAGGCCCAGGACCAAGAUAAAGCCUUGAAGAGCCUAUGGUUUCGCUGCAUGGGUGACAGAAAGGACAGUGUUUCACCUGCCCACGUCAAGACUCUUCAAUGGGCGCUGAAGCCCGCUUGCGAGAGGGAAGGAAGGGAAGCGGAGUGGGACGAUCUGUCUGAAUGGCUUCGAUCGGGGACAGGCUUAUACUGGAUUUGCGGUAAAGCUGGCAGCGGAAAGUCCACGCUGAUGAAACACCUCCAUGACAACCCUGACACGAGAGCGCCAUUGAAAGCUUGGGCAGGAGACUUGCCACUCUCAACUGGUUCAUUCUUUUUCUGGGGAUUGGGACGGCAAGAGCAAAAAUCUCUCGAGGGACUUUCUCGAGCACUCCUGUACCAGCUUUUGGAGGCCGAAUCCUCAUAUAUUCCCUCCGCUCUGCCACGGCUGUGGCAGGAAAUCCGAACUGAUGUUGAGAAAGUCCCCGCGCCACCUUCAAGCGGGGAGCUGAGGGCCGCAUCUGAGUUCAUGGUCAAGAACUUUCAACCUAAACGCCGAUUUUGCUUGUUCAUCGACGGGCUAGACGAAUUUGAAGGGAACUUUCAUGACGCGAUCAAGGGUCUCUGCUCCAACUCAGAAAUCAAAAUCAUCGUCUCCAGCCGGCCUAUAGCGAUCUGUUACGAUGCCUUCUCUCGCCUUCACAUGGAACAUCUUACAAGCAAUGACAUUAAGGAGUACAUACAGGACACCGUGGGCUCACACGCUUACAUGGAAGUUCUUACGGCCUCUGGCGAACAAUCACCAAACAUGAUUACAAAUAAGCUCAUUGAAAAGGCUUCAGGUGUUUUUCUGUGGGUCAUAUUGGCUUAUGGUUUUGCGGCACAUGACACUCUGUGUCGACGAGUCGACGACCUCCCACCGGAGCUGGAGGACCUUUUUGUGCACAUGCUCAAUAGUGUCGACCGUCGUUACCACGAACAGAUGGCGAAGACGUUGAAGAUACUUUACUCAGAAUACCGAGCCCGUGAUAGUUCUGACGCUGGAUUGAAGACAAUCAAACUCGCUUGUUUCAACAGGAACGAUAUGGACUGUACGUCAAAUCUUCCACUCGAAAGCUUUCCAGUACACGAAGCACGCAAGAUUUGUCUCGCAAUGGUGGCCAGAUUACGAAGUCGCUGCGGCGGCCUUUUGCAGACAGUGCCUAGAUGGGGAUGGGGUCAUGGAGUGAUUGACUCCAACGAUCGCCUACCUUACAGCCUAAAGGACAAGGUCUGUUGGUGUCCAUUGAGGGAAAAAUGUCCCCAGGUCGGAGAGGGCUCCCAUCCUUUGUCACCCAAAUACAAGGUUGGGGAUUUUGCGGAGCAUUCCCAGAUCGAGUUCAUACAUCGGGCUGUCUUUGAAUUUUUGGAUAACCCAAACGUUUGGAAUCUGCCUCCGCUUCGGAUAUCAGAUCCUACCUUCAGUGCGGCUUGCGCAAUAGUGGGCAUGGAUUUGCAGCUGUACUAUCUGUAUUGCAAAAACGGUGCCGAGACAGAUGCGACACUAGAUUGGCUACUCAUGAUCGACAAUAAACCACUCGAAUGUGUUGUUCCCGUCCUGGCAAAACUUGCGGACUGUGUGAGUCUGAGAAUUGCACAAAAGGAUUACACAACCGAAGAAACGAUACAGCCAUCCUUCUCCUCAUUCUUGAAACCAGCCUAUGAUCGGUCAUCACUUCAACUGUCACUCCUCAUGGCGGUAGAGUUGGGCUUGGUAAAUACUGUCGGUAGUCUGCUUCCAACUGUCGGGCCGCGGCCGCUGGGUCCGCGGUAUUUCCCGUUCCCAAUCCUUUACCAUUCAGUGAGAUCGCCCCUUCUCUAUUCUAUGAUCGGUUACUUGUUGUCGCAAGGCUUCCCUCCGAACGAACUUUUUGCAGACGAGCGGGGCCUGCCCACCACACCCUGGAGAAGUCUCAUAGUACUUGAGCAGAAAUUUUGGCAAACAAGGGACAAAGACCCUCCUUACAAGUCCUUCCUAACAAGAAAGUCUACUCACGACAUGAUGAGGUCGUUCAUUGAACAUGGAGCAGAGCUGGACUAUGUCGUCCCUGGGAUUUCGACCGUAGAAGAGUUUUUCAACAGUAAAUUUGUUGCUUUUCUCCCCGAGGACCCGAGUCCCAAUGCCAUCGCGGAAAGAAGAAGGUAUGACAAUCCGAACGGCCAAUUGCCCUUACAAAAUCACUUAACACUUCGCUCCUUGCGCUUGGCCAGGAUCAUGGCGGCUGAAACGCUUGCAUCGUCCGCGGGUUCAGAACAGGAUAAGGGACCGGACACUCAGCUUGACGGCAGCCUUGAUACCCAAGCUGAUAAGAAGGUGGACGGCAACGGCAAGGCUGACACUGGAAGUAACCCCAAGCCUGAUAUAGGUCGCAAAGUCAACCUCAAAGCCGUCCAAGAACCGUUGUGGUGGCUUUUGGUCGUUGUCAUACUAGCCCUGAGUAUAUACAUGAAGUCUGGCUUUCUGAGCCAAGUGGAAUCAUAG